AUGCUCUCGAACUUCGCUUCGCGCAACAAUGCACGCGCUUCCGCGCUCAACGCGGCCCGCCGAUUCGUCAGACAGGCAUCCGGAACGCUCGGCGUGGCCAAGGCGAACGCGGGUGGAGUGUCGUCAUUCAAGACCUGUAAAGUGAUCGAAAACACGCUCGGCAACAAGCCCAACGUGGUGGUGCUGGGCUCCGGCUGGGGUGCUAUCUCGCUGCUGCAGAACAUCGACGCCCGGAAGUACAACGUGACGAUGGUGUCGCCCCGCAACUACUUUCUGUUCACGCCGCUGCUUCCCUCGACCCCUGUCGGCACCGUGGACGAGAAAUCGAUCAUCGAGCCCGUCGUCAACUUCGCGCUCAAGAAAAAGGGUAACAUCUCGUACUACGAGGCCAAGGCUACCUCCAUCAACACUGAGAGAAAAACCGUCACGAUCCAGGCCGUGUCCACCGUGGCCCAAUUGGCCCAGCCCGAUAACCACUUGGGGUUGAACCAAAAUGACGAGGCAGAAAUCAAAUACGACUAUUUGGUCUCCGCCGUGGGUGCCGAACCUAACACUUUUGGCAUUCCCGGUGUUCAAGAACACGGUAACUUCUUGAAAGAAAUCCCACACUCUUUGGAGAUCCGCAAGCGGUUCUUGUCCAACAUCGAAAAGGCCAACUUACUUCCAAAGGGCGACCCAGAACGUAAGCGUCUUUUGACCAUUGUGGUCGUCGGAGGUGGUCCAACUGGUGUCGAAACUGCUGGUGAACUGCAGGACUACAUCGAUCAAGAUCUCAAAAGAUUUAUGCCUUCCGUUGCCGAAGAGGUCCAGAUUCACUUGGUCGAGGCCUUGCCCGUCGUUUUAAAUAUGUUCGAACGUAAGCUAACGUCUUAUGCUCAAGACGUUCUACAAAAAACCUCCAUCAAAGUUCACUUGAGAACAGCCGUUUCUAAAGUUGAAAAGGAUCAUUUAAUCGCCAAAACCAAAGCCGAAGACGGUGCUGUUACAGAACAAACCAUUCCAUACGGCACUUUAAUCUGGGCUACCGGUAACAAACCUCUAAGCAUUGUUACCGACCUUUUCAAAAAGAUCCCGCAACAAAAUGAAUCUAGAAGAGGUUUGGCCGUUAACAGCAACAUGUUGGUUAAAGGUACCAACGACAUUUUUGCCAUCGGCGACAAUGCUUUCUCCGGUUUACCACCAACUGCUCAAGUUGCUCACCAACAAGCAGAGUACCUAGCAAAGGUCUUCGCGAAGAUGGCCAAAAAUCCAAACUUCCACGCCGAAUUGGCCAAGAGAACCGAAAAGGUAGACCUAUUUUUCGAAGAACAGGGUAUCAAGCCAUUUGAUUACAUUCACUACGGUGCUUUGGCAUACUUAGGUGCUGAAAAGGCCAUCGCUAAUAUUACUUACGGUAAGCGUUCUUUCUACACAGGUGGUGGUGUGUUGACUUUCUACGUAUGGAGAGUGCUGUAUGCCAUGAUGAUCCUAUCGGCCAGAUCUAGAUAUAAGGUUAUCGCUGAUUGGUUCAAGCUGGCUAUUUUCAAAAGAGACUGUUUCAAAGAAUUGUAA